CGGGUUUCCGCUCAAGCUCAGCUACGUAGCUAAGCUCCCCAUCUUUUUCUUGUUCGCGCUUGUCUUUAGCUCGGCGCACCCACAGCUCGAGCUACACAACUCAGAACCUAAUAGUUCGUUCUGCAAUGCUCUUCGGUCUGCAUGCCGGCCAAGUCGGCUCUGCAAACGUCGCUUCCGGGAAGAAAAUAGUUGUUCGGCUAUGGGUCACAGAACGGGUAGGUCGGCGAUAGCUCUGGAUAUCACCAACCUCAAGACAACGUGGUGGUGAUUAGGAAGAGUCAUUGGACAACGACGCUGAAGAGAGGUGGACAAUCCUCAACUGAGGACAUACAGGUAGGUAGGAUGGUGGCGGAAUACCGCGCUCCGACGACGGCGCAGUUGCAGAGCAUAAAAAGCCGAGCUAAUGGUUGAGGAACAAUGGUAAGUCUCGAGCUCGAGGACAGUCUCUUCCAUCAAGACCAGGGAGCGCACGAGCCGAUAAACAAAAAUGGCACGUCUUAUUUCUCUUGCCACUGCGCUCGCGCUCGUGUCUUCAGCCAUCGGCGCGCCCGUUGACUCCAAGUCAUCGAAAUGGGCCGACCUCAGCUCCAAGAUCACCCAUGUGGUGUAUCUGAUGAUGGAGAACCAUUCCUUCGACAACAUUGCCGGGUACUGGGACUUCCACCCGGACAUCAACAACCUGCGCAAGGUCGACUACUGCAACGAGUUCACCAACCCCAACUGGACGAUAUACGACGAGCCUAUCAUGAUUUGCGCCUCGCCCUAUGAAGCGGAGGUACCUCUCAAGGACCCGGACCACAACUUCGCCGGCGUGAGCUACGAGAUCUAUCGCAAAUGGGACCCGACCAACGACGAUGUCCCCGACAUGUCGGGCUUCAUCGAGCGCCAGUCGGACAAGUACAACGCGACGCCUGGAGACAGCGCGUUUGUGAUCAAAGCAUACGACCCGGCCAAGUCCAACACGCUCGCGACCCUGGCCCAAAACUAUGCCUUCUGGGACUCGUACUAUGCCGAACAUCCCGGCCCUACCAACCCGAACCGAAUGUUCGCCACGUCGGGCUCGUCGUGCGGCUACGUCGACAACAAGGACACCCAGGCUACAGGCUGGUUCGCCAACGUCACGGGGACGACGUGCGCCACCUCUGUCUUUGAGGCCCUCAGCAACAAGAACAUCAGCUGGAAGAACUACUACGAGAGCGACAUCAUUGAUGCCUACAUCUACAAAUGGGUCCAGGACAACGCCAUGGACCGUCUUGUCCAUGCCGACCAGUUCUAUGAAGACCUCAAAAACAACAACCUGCCCCAGUUCUCCUACAUCAACCCGGAAUGUUGUACUGUUGACUCGAUGCACCCGACCAGCAACAUGGCCGCCGGUGAACUCAUGAUCAAGCAUUUGUAUGAUGCUCUGCGAAACUCUUCGUACUGGGAUAAUGUUCUGCUGAUCAUCAACUUUGACGAACACGGCGGCUUUGCUGACCACGUGCCUCCACCGACAAACAUCCCCGCUCCGCAAGACGGUCUCAAGUUUUCCGGCGCCUCGGACGGCCACAACGUCACGUACGACUUCACCCGCCUUGGCGUGCGUGUUCCCGCCUUUGCUAUUUCCCCUUGGAUCCCGCCCAACACCCUCAUCCACGACGACGGCACCAUGUACGCCUCCAACUCGGAGUACACCCACACCUCGUUCCUGCACUUCCUCCAGGAACUCUGGGGUCUGGAGGGUCUCAACAACCGCGUUCAGUGGGCCAAGACUUUCGAACAUGUCUUCUCCGACACACCACAGAAGGAUGGUGGUCUGUCCAGUCUGCCCUCCCCUGUCUGGCAUAGUACUGCCGGUCAGCCGGAGCCGGAAGCUUUCCCUUUGCUGAACCAGGACUAUAGUUAUUAUGCGGCUCUUGAUGACUGAAUGACGCCAACUAGUGCGGAUCCUCUCUUGAAAAUAGGAGUCUCAGGCGAGCAACUAACUAGGUCCUUGGCUAGGGAUUUAGUGUUCAUGGACUUCCCUUCUUGGGCUGGGGGAGGAUUCUGAUCGCCUAGGCAUGGAGAUCAUGCCUGCCGAGCAAGAGGAAAAGGACGAAAAAGCAACGAAAUUGGGUGAUGGUCAUGCCAUCGCCAACCAAGGCAAAGCACCGUAAUGUAGGUCGGAGAACAAAAAGACUUCCACCCAUGAUAAUGAUGAUAUAGUACGAUACUGUGAGAGAAUAUAGACAGCACCUAGUAUCAUAGAAUAAGAACAGAAAAUGCAAUGGAUAGCUCCUUAUGAUGGCUCUUGGAA